AGCCCCUUACCAGAGGGGAACCAGCCUGCCCCACAAUGCCCAAUUCACUCCAUUUUCUCCUUACUAGAGCAGGGAGGAAGGGGCCGCCAAGGCUCCUGGGAAUUGUAGUUUUUUGGGAGGCUACUGCCCUUAGUAGCCUUGAGGGUUUGUUCAUAGCCUGACUGGCCCUGCCUCUGGAUCUGCAGAAGGCCAGGGGCUGCUGGGGCUAAGCUGAGCUGGGACCAUGCCAGCGGAGGUGUGGGGGGUUCCUGGGUUUUGAGGCUCCAUGGUCGCUCUAGAAUUUACUCGGCUCCUGCCGGUUUCACAGGGGCACUCAGCCUAGGGUUCAGCCCCAAAGGCUGGCCUCUCACAAGGAAAAGAAGCAGGCGAGUGGCAAGUGAAGGAUGAGUUUGUGGCUAAGGCACUGGGCUGGGAGCCGGGAGAGAGGGGUUGAGAUCCCAACUCUGCCUCAGAUUCCCCUUGUGACCUGGGGCGGAGGUCAAAUCACUUUGUCUGAGUCUCUGUUCCCUGUUUGUAGAAGUAGAACCCUGCCUUUCUCCCACGCUUUGCUGUUUUAUCUUUGUAGGGCUUAUGUACACAUGAAAGUUAUUCCAGAAUAAGGCAGGAUGUGAACUGAAAAUGGAAUCGCUAGUUUGGAAUAGCUCCCUGUGUGGAUGUUCUUAUUCUGGAAUCAGUGCCUUUUUCUGGUUUAUCUUAAUCCACUUCUAAAGUGGAUUAAACUAAUUUGGAGACAGGCACUCUUACUCCGGAAUUGCUCAUGGACAGAUGAGCCCUGAGAUCUAUAAAGCCUCUGAGGCAGGAACUGUCUCUUGUUUGUACAGCACCCAGCACAAAUGGAGAGCCUCUAGGCAUUACCAUGAUACCAAUAAUGAAUAAACAAUCAGAUUCUGGACUGGAGUUCCUUGUUUCCUUCUUUGUCAGCCUUGUUUGACGUUUAUGGGCCAGGAAGGCCAUGUUAUUUUUUCCAUUUUAUAUUACAAAUUGCAGCUUGGGGGAGCAAAACCUCCUUUGUCUACAGUGAAUUCUGGACCAGGACCCCAGGGUGCUAGGGACUGUACAAACACAGAACAAACAGAUGGUCUCUGCCCGCAAAGAGCUUCCAAUCUAAAUAAUUAUUCUGUUCUCAUUUACUUGCCCUGCCAGAUUUCACAGGGUUAAUAGAUACCAGGGCCGGGGGGUUGAUGGUGCUGCUGUUCAUGUUCGGUACAAAAGCAGGCUAGACUGAAUGCAGAGCCCUGAAAAGCAGUGGCCGUGCUCCAAAGAGCAGCUUACAGCCAGCAGAGUCCUGACAAGCCGGCAGGGGUCAGUGUGGCCACGUGGAGUUCAGCUAACCGCUGCCUCUGUAAAUUUGCAGCAAACUGUGUACAGACUCUAGCCCCCACGGACUCGAUGGCACCAAACCCUCAGGCUGCACACACACACGAAACGUGCUCUUCAUCAGAAAAUAUUGGAAGGCUUUGUCUGCUUUUAAAAACAUCGGGUUGGGAGGGGGUUGUGUGCACUCAGGCAAUCUGUGACUAAUAGAGGGGGGUUUGCUGGGAGUAAAUUGAAGGGUUUUUAAGUCCUGUGCUCACACUUGAAGAGGCACUGCAGUCUGGAGGAUAGGGCACUGGACUGGGACUCACGUGACCUGGGUUCUAAUUCCAGCUCUGACACUGACUUUGUAACCACAGGCCAGUCGCUUCACCCCUCUGUUUCUCCUUCAGACCUUUGUCUGCCUGGUCUCUUUUGAUUGGGAGCUCCCUGGGGCUGUCCCUUACUGUAAGUCUGUACAGGGCCUAUUGUGCUAGGUUCCAUAUUCACACACAGCAAGAGAGUCAGUUGUUCACUCACUUUCUCAGAGGACUAUUUGUCCCAAGAGAAAUUCUCAACAGAUGGCUCUGUUCAUUUAAGACACAAUCACAGAGAUGCCAUUAGUUAUGUCCAUGUAACACAAGGAGAUGUACAAUCCCUGAACACAGGCUACAGCUGUUCUCUGAGCACAGAGCAGGGAACCAGGAGUUCCUGAAUUCUCAUCCUCACUCUGCUGCUAAAUCCCUCUGGGACUUUGGCCAAGUCAUUUUCUCCUGUUCCGUGCCUCAGUUUCCCCUUUCCAAAAAUUAGGUAGAACAUUGACUGACUUUCCAAGACUGUUCUCAGGAGUCACAUCAUACUUUAUAGUUAUGAAAUGCCAAGUAUGAGCCAAGCCUCAGCCAGAUCCAUAGGUCCGAACAAACACUUCCCGACUUCAGGGGACUGUGAAUUUCUCUUUGGACUGUGUCAUGUGGGUCCAGCUCUGAUAUUAUCUGAAGGAGGCAGAUAAUAUAAUAUGUGCUGUGUCUAAGAGCCACCCAGCACCCUGGCUGUCCGCCGAAGGAGCAGGAGAAUGAGGAAGAAAAGAAACUUUUCUCCUGAAGUGGAAAUUGUGGUGAAAGGGAGAAACGUGAGCAGGGGGGAUUGUGCAGCUGGCCAGGGCAGACAAGGUGGGUUAAAGGAGCAGCUGGCUUGAGUAAGUAGACUUGGGGAUAGUGGGUGGAAAGGGUGGCAAAGGAGCAUUGUAUGAAUUAUGCUAGACAUGCAAAGUUUCUGGCACUGUCCUCUGAAGCGUCCAGCGGUGGCCUAUGCUAGACCAGAUCGAAACCGGAUCUGGUACAGUCUGGUGACUCCUGUGUUCCUAGACCCCACAAGGACUUUUCAGCACCAUGGCAAAUAUGCUUUGCAAGGUUGCUUUCUGCCCCUCCCGCUAAGAGAUCUCAGUCCAUUUCCUCUUGGGUCACAUUCAGAUCCCAGGGAGCCUUGAUACCCUGUGUAAUAGAGUCAAGACACUGCUGUUCGGUCGCCCAUGUGAGGAGGUGGGAAGUGGGUGCUGCUACUCUGGGGCUAGGACCUGUGGGGGAACGUGGCAGGUGGCUAGUUGGUUGCGGUGUCUGGAGAUGCCGUUCCCUUCUCGUGCUCAGUAUGUAGGUGUCAUUCCAGAUUCCGGGACUGGGCGCGGAUUCUGCUGCGACCUCUGCAGUUCUCCUUACAUGGUCGACCCCGGCCGCAGAGGCAACCAGCUGAAGACCUCAAGCUCUCUGCCUUCUCCGCGCCACAAGCGGGAUCCCAGGACAGGCCAGGAGGAGAGCCAGCGGAGGUCCCUAGCCUUCGAGGACUUUGUCCUGAAGAACCGGAGGGUGUUGCGUGAAGAGCUGAAACUAUGCGAGAGAGUCACGCAAAGGAUUCUGGGAUACUCCAACAACUUCCUGCAUAAGAAGCUCCAAACUAGCAGCCAGAAGCCCGCCAGAGCUGAGCGGAAGAAGGGGAAAGGAGCUCCGGGGCUCCUCAAGCCCAUUGCAGAACUUGGCGAAGAGGAGUGCUGUGCGGACAACUUCACAGUGAUGGCCCACACCUACGGCCGGCUGCUGCAGCACUGGAGGGAUCGAGCAUUAAUGGGCCAGUCAGAGGCCCACCGAGUCCUAGCUGAAAUGCUAACACCCUCAGGGGGCUGUAGGUGUAACUGUUACUACUUCAGAUCCUGGGUGACCGGUUCCAGCCCGAGCACCGUUAGCAAGGUUAACGAGCAGAUGAAGAGGCUGGGGGGAGAUAGGGAGCCCCCUCCCCACAAACUCAAGCAGUGGAGGAAGGAGAACCCCAAGCCGAACAAGAAGGGUUCUGAUGCUGGGGAGAGAGCGCAACCCAGUCAGGCACCAUCGCUGGCUUCCCCCUCCACAGCUGGUUCUCAGGAGCUGCCUUCAGCCUCUGUCCAUGGGCCAGCCUCAGCUGGCGAGCCUCCUACCUCUGGAACUGGCUCUGGACCCCUGCCCCCCCGCCGCAGGCCAUGCUUGUCUCUAGCAUUGUCUCAGCACCGCCCGGCCCUGGGGGAGAUAUCACCUUGUACCAGAAGGCCAACUGACACGUUCUCUCCUGCUCCAAAAGCUGCAUCAGCUUCUCUCACCCUCUCCAGCCCCCUGCCGCACAGAGCCAGACUGACUGACAUCUUCUCUCCCCCCCUAAGACUGAGCAGCAGCAUCCACAGGGACUUGGCUACCCGAGGGAUCCGGCCCACCCUGCGCAGCCUUCACCCCCGGCCCAGUCUCUUGCUCGCUCUCAGCUUCUUGGUCCGGACUCCGGGAUGUGUCCACCCCAUCAGUAGAUGCAGGGAGCAGAGGAACUAUGGAAAGGCCAAGAGCUGCAGCCUCCUUUGAUCCUGAUGGGGGCAAGCAACGGUGCUGUUCCAGGAUCCGUUAACGCAGGAGGCCAGUUUCUUGGUGCUGUGAGGGGCCCACUGCCCACCCGAGAACCGAGGCUCCCAUCCCAGCUGGCAGGAGGUGUCAAGACCUGACGGCCGCUUGCCCUCCCCAGCAGCCUCCAUCCUCCUCGUUAGCAGCGCACGGGGUUGCCCCAGUGCUCCCGGGGGCUGGAGCGUGGGUCGCAGAACGCAGUUUGCCAGCUCAGCUGCGGGGGCUGCUCUCAGCUCCACAGGCGAAUGCCGCCUGCUUCCUAGUGAAAGCUGAAGGACAGCACGCGUGUGGGGAGGCUAAGAUCACUGUUCACCUCAGCUGGCCACUGACUUUAUGCUGCCCUGGGUAGGGCCAACAAUGUCCAGCCCUGACCGCACUGGCACGUAGGGGGUUCCCUACUAUUCAGCAGCCUCUGGUUAUUGAUAUGGUCUCACUACCAGCAAGCAAAUCCAGAGCGUCUGGCCCACAGAGGGGAGCGUCCAAUGGCUGACCUAAAGCUAGUGUGAGCAGGCAGCUGUGAAGAGUCAAACAGCCGUGCUGGGCCGGGGGAUCUGUGGCCACCCUUGCAAGUCCUGUCUCCCUGGAGAGGAUUCAAAGGCUAUCGCUUCAGGUAGGGGUCAGAAUUCUAACUGGCGUGGCUCUUGACUUCUGAAACCGAGUCCGCCGGCUGCAUGCCCGAAGGGAGAGAGGCCGGGGCCCUGGAGCAGGUGUGUGUGAAAGCAGUUCAAUGUAUGACCAACCUGAGCCUUUGUACCUGGACAGAAGUGUGCACAGCUUGGGUGGGGACUUGGCUCUCGGUCCCUUAAGGGAGGACUGAAUUGCACGGGGUGAGAGAGGCCUCCUUUGGGGGAGUGGGCUGUCCCAUCGCAGCUUGCCUUCUGUGACUGCUCUGUAGGACAGACAGUUCAAGCAAUUGUUUGGAGACAGAAACCAGUCAUGGGCCUGUCCUCAUUGGCUGGGAGAGCUAGUUACUGUUCCCCAAGAGCCCUGCAGCAGGGGCUGUUUGUUUGCAUUGAUGGCCCAAUGCUUUGAUUGAGACCCGGGAACUUUAGCAUGUGCCUUUCCCCAGGCAGGGCUUUGCUUGCACUGCUGGUGGAGUUCUCCGAAAAAAAAAAAACACCCAGAGGCCUUGGUUCCUGCCUUCUCUCCUGGGCUGGGAGUCCUCAGCCCAGACAAGGGGCUGCUGUGUUCUGGUGAAGCAGUAGAAAGUUACUCUUGGCCUGGAAGUUUGGACCACAAAUGUUUAUUAAGCACAACCCCUCCCCCCUCCCAAGCCCUAUGUAUUUCUAUAUAUUAAUUCAUUUGGCAGAUUAUUAUUUUUUAAGGAAAAAACAAGUACCUGGUGGGUUAAAAUUCCCUCUUAAAAUGACAUUAGCAAAUGCACACGUAAAAAAUAAAUAAGCUCAUACAUUCAAGUAUA